UUUGAGUACAUGUAAACAUCAACGUUAUCAUAAAAAAUUAAUUCGAAGUACAUAUAAAAUAUGACGUGUAGUUGCCAACAGUACAAUGUUGUAAAAAGCUUUCAUAUGAAAACUUUUUUCACAAAGGAAGCGUAAAAGCAGAGCAAAGUGUGUUAAGUGUGUAAUGAAUAUAAUGAAAAACCCAGGAAUGAGAGCUCUUAUUUUGGUUGGUGGUUAUGGCACUAGACUGAGGCCCUUAACAUUGAGCAGACCAAAACCAUUGGUGGAAUUUGCAAAUAAACCAAUUUUAAUACAUCAAAUUGAAGCUCUUGUUGAUGCCGGUGUUACAGAAGUAAUUUUAGCAGUAUCUUAUCGAGCUGAACAGAUGGAAGAAGAGCUUAGAGCUGAAGCAGAGAAAUUAGGAGUCAAAUUACUAUUUUCUCAUGAAACUGAACCUUUGGGAACUGCGGGACCUAUAGCAUUAGCUAGAGAACAUUUACUGAAAAGCUCUGAACCAUUCUUUGUACUUAACUCUGACAUUAUUUGUGACUUUCCCUUUAAACAACUUGCCCAUUUCCAUCGUGCACAUGGGAAAGAAGGUACAAUUGUUGUUACAAAAGUUGAGGAACCUUCUAAAUAUGGUGUGGUUGUGUAUAAAGAAAAUGGUUGUAUUCAAAGUUUUGUCGAAAAACCCCAGGAAUUCAUUUCCAAUAAAAUUAAUGCUGGACUCUACAUACUUAAUCCUACUGUUUUAAAAAGAAUCCCUUUAAAACCAACUUCUAUUGAAAAAGAAGUGUUUCCUUAUAUGGCAGAUGAUGGUGAACUUUUUGCAUUUGAAUUACAAGGUUUUUGGAUGGAUGUUGGUCAACCUAAGGAUUUUCUAACAGGAAUGUGCCUAUAUUUGAAAUCUUUAAGACAAAAAUCUCCAGAAAAAUUAUACAAUGGCCCAGGAGCUGUAGGAAACGUUCUUGUUGAUCCUACAGCAAAAAUAGGAUCUGACUGUCAAAUAGGACCUAAUGUUACUAUUGGACCAGGAGUAAUAAUUGAAGAUGGUGUUUGUGUGAAAAGAUGUACCAUCCUACGAAAUGCAGUUGUAAAAUCACAUUCUUGGUUGGAGAACUGCAUAAUCGGUUGGAGGUGUAUGGUAGGUAGAUGGGUAAGAAUGGAAGGUAUAACUGUACUUGGGGAAGAUGUCAUUGUUAAAGAUGAGAUCUAUAUCAAUGGAGGGCAGGUCUUACCACAUAAAAAUAUAGCAGCAUCUGUUCCUGAAGCUCAAAUCAUUAUGUGAUGUAACCUUUCGAGGAGCAUUUAUAAUAAUUAUUAUUAUUACAUUCUUAAGUUAUUGCGGUUUUAUAAGAUAUUUUUAUACUAGUAAUAUUUCAGGGUGCUAAAUAUUAAAUUUUAGGUUUUAAGGUGCAUAAAAAUUAAUCUUUCAAACGUAUUAAAACUUCACAUCCACGAUUUCUUAUCAUUUUAAACAGAAUAAAAAAACGGUUUGGUGAUAUGAUAUAUCUAAUCAAACAUAUUAAUUUAAUUGUUACUUGCCAAGAUCGAAUUUUGGUAAUAAAAAAUAUAUUUUUGUAAAAUCCAGACUAAUUUUGUACAGUAAAACUAUUUCACUGCCAGCAAUUACAGAAAAAUUGAUUUUACCCAGCCAUAUAUAAUUAAUAACUUUGAAUUUCACAAAUCAAUGACUAAUUUAAUUCAUUGUACGAAGUUUAGCUGCUUUUGUAUAUCAAACAGAGGGAAAUGUAUAAUUCUGAAAUAUUUUAUAAAACGAAUUUAAAACAUCUAUCGUUCUUGCUGUAUGUCUGUUAUAUCAAUUUUUAAUAUCAAUAACGGUAAUAGAGUAUAUUACGAAACAAAUUCGACUGAAGUAAUCACAGUUCUUUUUUAUAUGUAUAGUUUAUUAUACAAAUACCAGUAUAUAAUAUAAAGUGCGAUAAAUAGCUUAUAUCAAAUCAAUGAUUUUUUUUUCAUCUAAAUACCGAAAUGAUGAGUAAUAAUCUAUUAUAACAGUCGAGUUUGCAGAACCUAUUAAGAGUAUUGGUGGUUUAUUUAAGAUAAUAUAUUUUUAAAAGUAAUUUAGAAAUUUAUUUAUCAUAAAAAGUAAUCUAAUUUCCGUAACUGUUCGUUUCUAGAGAAAAAAUUAAUUAUUUAAAAAAUGUAUUAUUGUUAACCUUUGAAAUACACUUGAACUUUGUUAAUUUAUCGUUUUAAAUUUCUAGUCUGAUAAUUUACUUAAAAAAUUAGUAUAAGCUUUGUAAAUAUCAAAAUACAAUAUGAAGUUUAGAGGUAAUAUGAUUACAAAUACGUAUCUAUUAUUUGCAUUCCAUGUUAUGAAAAAAGUGGUUAGUGUAAGCCCUUUUUGCUAGUUUUAUAGAACAUUUAUUGAUAAUACACAUUUAAAUAACA